UGAGCGUACCGACACACCACCUGUGAACUUCCACCCGCAAAGCUCUUUUAUCGUCAACAGAUCAGAAUGGGCUGGCCUCGCCUCGACUCUUGGAAGCCUGCAGCACACCAUGCGACACUUAUAAAAAGGCCCAGACUAAGAUCCUAUAUUGUCUUCGACGCUCGCGUCCGACACUCGACCAUGCCCAAGCUUGUCACAAUACUUGUGGCGGUAUUUGUGGUAGGAUGCUUGCUCACAAACGUGGACGCACAAUAUGCAUUUGUGAUACCAAACCCUGAUCUAGCGGACUUCGACCCGCGAAACGAUGUCGAGCAGUACUCUGUCCAUAACUUCGAAUGGAGCCUCGAUCGUAAGUGUCUAGCUCUGUACAUAGAUCCUUCAUAAAGCCUUUGACUUCUCGCUCAUGAGCGUGAGCAGUGAACAACCAGCGCGACUUGUCUUUGGAUGGUGGUGAUAUCAUGGCCAGCGAUGGCAUGGUGUCUCUCUGGGUCGUAUCGUUCGACCUCAGUUGGUCACAGAUCCUAAACCCCUAUUGCAAUUCCUCACAUGGCGG